ACUCUUGGUCGGUACUGUCCUGUCAGGCCGUCCGAGAAUCCGCAAUGGCUCGACCAAGGGGUUCUUAUGAACCUCGGGAGACAAAUAUGAAAGUCAUUCCACUGGGCUGACCAUUUGCAGUCUUGCGACCUUUCUCCGGCGUUGUCGACCGGGAGUCGCCUGGUCAGACCCGCCCGCCCUGGCGGGUACCCUAGCGCCAAACCUACUCCGAGUUGCCGUUUCAAUGAUCCAGAAUUUCGGAACAUUCGAUUCUGGCAACAUAACCUGGACUUCGCAAUGGCGAUUCCUAAGAAGUGGCCUCAUGUCUGCACAACGAGAUAGUAUCGACUGAUCAUCCUUUUAGCUUAGUCUUUUAUGGUUUCCCUCGGAGCUUCCCACUGCGACUAUUUAUAGACUCGUGUCCAAAAUGGCCUCCCGGCGUUUGGUUCCUCGACUGUUCGCUCAGUGCAAGUCGCAAGGCCAAUUGACCAGCUUAAGAGUCUCAACCCUCUCUCCUUCAACUCGGCGUGGAUUUAGCGCCUCUUCGAGCUCCGGGUUCUCGUCUCGGAGCAGUCGUGCAUCCCUUGGACCCUUGCGCUGGACCGCCGCUCUCAUCGCUGUGGCCUCUCCCUUGCUGUACAUGAUGGCUGUCGAGAAACCCCUCCAACUUGACUCUCCCACGCUCGCCGAACGCGACGUUCAGCUGAAGCGCGAGCGGCCUGUGACUGACUACUCGCCCAUGCGCCUGCGCAUGGAAAAGUUCGUCAAGGAGCAGCAGCAAGAGAUCGUGCGAGCCCUUGAGAAAGCGGACGGGACAGAAUUCCGUCAAGACGAGUGGCAGCGCCCGGAAGGCGGUGGCGGCAUUACCUGCGUGCUGCAAGAUGGGAAGGUUUUCGAGAAGGCUGGAGUGGGCGUCAGCGUCGUCUACGGCACCCUUCCGAAGCCGGCGAUCAUGAAGAUGCGCGUGAACCACAAGAACCUGGUGGAGGGCACCGAAAUCCCUGACAGCCUGGAGUUCUUUGCCGCGGGGCUCAGCCUGAUCGUCCAUCCUCGCAACCCCAUGGCGCCCACCGUCCAUUUGAACUAUCGAUACUUCGAGACGGCAGGGCCGGACGGAUCUCCCGGGGCCUGGUGGUUUGGUGGUGGCUCUGACCUGACUCCGAGCUACCUCUUCGAGGAGGAUGCCACCAACUUCCACAAGGCCUUGAAGGACGUCUGUGAUGCACACGACGCGACAUACUACUCCAAGUUCAAGAAAUGGUGCGACGAGUACUUCUACAACAAGCACCGGGGCGAGAGCAGAGGGGUCGGUGGCAUCUUCUUUGAUGACCUGGACGAGACUGUUGCCGACAAAGAGAAGAGCUUUGCCUUCAUCCAGGAUGCUCUCAAGUCCUUCCUCCCAUCGUAUCUCCCAAUUGUGGAGAAACGGAAGGAUAUGUCAUUUACCCCCCAAGAAAAGGAAUGGCAGCAGAUCCGGAGAGGAAAGUAUGUCGAGUUCAAUUUGGUCCACGACCGCGGCACUGCGUUCGGUCUGACCACACCUGGCGCCAGGGUUGAGAGUAUUCUAAUGAGCUUGCCGUUGACGGCAAGCUGGAAGUACAUGUAUGAACCAGAACCGGGUAGCAGAGAACAGCGUCUCGUAGACGUUCUCAAGACCCCGAGGGAAUGGGUAUGAGCGCGAUGGAUGGAGUGGCGGCUCCUUUGUACAAACAUACCUAACUAUCACUUCGGAUGUACUCUAUAAUACUGGGACAACUUGGCUAUUGGAAUCUGGAGAACAAUCAUAAAAAGUCGAGGUGUUUCAAAUGCCCGAGUUGUAUACAGUUUCUAAGGUAUUGGUUGAUGAGAAAAUGACAAAGUUUUUCUAAGUCAUAGGUU